AUGGAACAAAUCGAAGCAACCCGAUCAGCAUAUACAGGUGAAUUACGUCGUUCAUCCGUCACACAUCAAAAUGAAGUAUAUUAUCCAAGUUGGAAACGCUUAUUAUUUCGUUUGUUUGUAACAAUCCCCAUGAUUGGUAUUAACAUAGUACUUGUUUCAUUUCUUAUACUUCUUAUAAUACGUUUUCAAAGUUGGGUUGAUAGACAAUUGAAAGAUGGCCAUUUACCACAUCUCAUGUCAUUAACAGAAUUGUUUCCAAAAAUUUUAUUAGCAUUAGUUACAACAAUAUUUAGUGAUGUUUAUAAAAGUGUUUGUCGUUGGUUAACAAUUAAAGAAAACUAUCGGGAGCAACAAAAGCAUGAUGAUCAAAUGGUUGGAAAGUUAUUUGCUGAAGCUAUUAUCCCAUACAUAGUCUCAAAUGCGCGUUUAUCAGUAUUGAUACAAAUGAGUAAGAAAGAACGUGCUCGUUAUGCUGAACGAAAAGAUCUCAAUAAAGAACUAACACGUAUUCUUGAUGAAUGGCGAAAUUCUGAGUUAGAUAAAGCUGAACGACAAAAAGAUAGCAAUGCUUAUACGACGAAAGCUGUUGAUGAUAUUCUAACAGAUAAUACUCUCAAUCGUCGUUGUUCCGACAUCACCUUUGAAUCAUUAUCAUUGUCACAAGCUGAAAUCGAAUGUUCACAACCAAAAUGGGAAGAUUUAUAUGAAGAUUAUCUAGAGAUGGUUAUACAAUUUGGUUAUAUUAUAUUCUUAUCGACAUUGUUUCCACUAGCAGCAUUUUUUUCUCUAUUAAAUAAUAUAAUCGAAAUUCGUACAGAUGCCUUUAAAUUAUGUAUGAUCUAUCAACGACCAUUUUCACAACGUGUAAAAGAUAUUGGCCAUUGGCAGAAAAUAAUGGAAUAUAUGGUUUUUGCAGCUAUCAUCAUUAAUUGUAUAUUUUGUUCGACACGCGGUGUUUUUCGUCGAUUAGUACCUGAUUUACCAUUUGCUGCAGAAAUCUUUAUACUUGUGUGUAUCGAACAUUUGUUAAUUUUACUAUGUAAAGUAAUUCGCUCAACUAUUGAAUAUGUACCAUAUUGGGUACGAGUUGAAAAGUCCAUAAUGGAACAUCGUCGACGUGAAGCAUUCAAAAAACUCGAAUGUGAUGCAUUACAUCUCAAGGAAAAUCGGAGCCAUAAUUAUAACGAAUAA